UUAUUACAGUUGAACUUAUCUCGAACUUGGCUGGUACACUACCGUGUCUACUAAUGAGCACAAUGUAUGCCUACAUGACAAAUACCUAUGUUUCAUUUGCCUGUUCGAUGUGUAAUUGUUACGGUUAGGAUUAAUUUUUAGUAAAAUGAACAAAUUAUAGAGUUUAAAUGGAUUCAUUGACGGCAAUUCAUGCUUGUUGGUGAAAAUGAUGGCGGUAAAUAUAUUAGGUCGUAUCCUUGUAUUGGCGCUUAUGCUGACCAUCGUCGGUUCACUCUACUAUCAUGAACCAUCACACAUUGAGAUAAAGCCGUCUUUAGAAGAAAUCAGCAACACUACAGACUUUGGAUUUUCUUUAGCUUAUCAACCUGGAGCUAAACCACAAUUAGUGGUUGGUGCCCCUCAUUAUGACCUCGUGGGCAGGGUGUAUGGCUGUCCCAUGGCUCAAAUAUUCAAAAAGUCUCAGGAAUGUUCAAAACUGGAUAUAGAUCUCCUCGCCUUGGCCAGUGAUUACGAGAAAAAUAACACAAAACAGCCUUUUUGUCUGGGUGGAACGGUAGCUGCUACUAAGGAUUAUGUGUUUACUUGCGCUCCGUUGUGGACGACAGUUGUCUCAAUACGCAGUGGUUACAAAGUCGGCGGCUCAUAUGGCACUUGCUUUGUAUACUAUAACCAAACCAGUGUGCAAAGAUUUCGCGGCCUUCUGGAACAAACGAGGGGCCGCAAUUACCCAAACAUAUAUGGAGGAGUGGGCUGGAGUUCCAUAGUCGAGGAAACCAGUCAGCUUCUCGUAGGAAAGCCUGCGGUGAGAGGAGACAUUCAAUACGUCUCCGCUGCGCACCCUCUAAGUGAUACUGUGUCUGUGGCUAUUCAAUCUCGCCUAGAACAAAGUCAGCAAGUCGGAUAUGCGCUCGCAUUUGGUAAAUUUUUUUCAAACAUACAUUCGCUAUUGUACGCCUUUAGUUUCCGAGAUGAAGAAAAAGGACAAGUAGGUUUUCUUCAAUAUGAUCAAAAGAACAGCAAAAUGAACCUUGUAAAGUACCAGGGAGAGAACAAUAUCCGGUACGAGGUGAUAGUGUCAUCUCCUGUAGCCAUGAACAUGUUUGGGGCGGCAUUAGGUGCCUGUGACAUCAACGGCGAUGGGGUCACUGACCUAAUAGUGGGUGCGCCGGCGCAUACCUCCUACGAGACCAGUUACGACGCUGGCGCCAUCUACAUUUAUUUAGGGGGUGAUUUGACAACUCUGACAAAUCCGUUCGGAAAAAUUAAUGAUUAUAAAAUGACGAUUGUAAGUGACAAAGAUGGCGCUCGUUUUGGGACCAGCAUUGCUUCCAGUGAUAUUGACGGAGAUGCUUUAUCAGAGAUAUUUGUGAGUGCCCCGUAUGAGGACUCGGCAGUUGGAGCAUUGUAUAUUCUGUCAGGAUUUGAGCUGACUCGUAUAAUGAAGAAAUCGAAGACCACAGACUUAUACUUGUCAAACUUAAAGCUUACCCAAAGAAUUCAGAAGGCGGACUUUAGAUCAUACGGGUAUAGUCUACAAGUAGUUUCUGAUGUCGAUAAGAAUGGAUGUGAUGAACUAGCGGUGGGCGCUCCUGGAAGUGCCAGUGUCGACUUCUUCAGAUGUGUUCCUGCCAUCAACGUCUCACUAUCCACCGAGCCCAUUAACACGAUUGUAAAGGAAUACGACAGCCAUUUUGAGGUCAAAGUUUGUGUGACGGUUUCCUACCAUUCAAAACCAGCGAAUAUAACCACAAAGCUUUCGGUACUAAGCGAAGUGGUGGGCAACAGUGCCGAGAUUAAAAAACCAAGAUUCGAUGUGCCUUUAGAACACCGAAAGGGACGUUAUUGCGAGAAUGUCGUAGUCAAUUUUAUGUAUAACGAGUCAGGACUGUAUACCUUCUCGUCCAAGUUGGAGUCCGAUAUUGAUAAACAACUGAAAUUAAAAGAUUUUGAUCCUGGAUGGGUGCAGAUGAGCGUCUACAGCAAGAGAGAAGAUUCAGUGGAAGUGACACGCCAGUGUUCUGAUGUAAAUGACUGCACGCCACGGCUGGAGAUGCACUUGUUGUGGGCUGGCAGUGAAGACACCACAGAAUGGCCAUUGAGCGUUAAUACGGUACAGAACGUAACGGUGUUGGUAGAGAACAAGGGAGCGAACGCGUACGAUGCGUGUGUGCGCGUACGCAUGAGUGGAGCGCGGGUGCUGAACGUCGCGUGCGGCCUCGACGACACGGGCGCGUACAAGUGCUACUUGCCGAAACCUUUAACUAGGGGACAAAAGUAUCCUUUGAAAAUUAUAGUAAGCUUGGAUGAGGUUACGAACAACGAUGAUGGGUUUCACAUUGUAGCUGCUUUGUCCAACAACUGUAACUCGGGAAAUGCAUCGAUAGUGCAAAAACACAUCAAGUAUCAAUUUCCGACUGAUAAUAUAAAGGUUACCGGACACCCUCACACGCUUGACGUGACGGAGACGACAUUACAAGAUAAAAAGAAUCCAUUAACUGACGACAGACACAAAUAUAGUAUUGUAAAUUCUGGUUCUGUGCACUGGAAAAACAUCAAAGUCGUUGUUACAAUAGUUAAAAGAGAUUUUAUUCAAAAUUAUACGGCAACAACAACUGCUGUAAACAGCCAGUGCACAACAACUGUAGGAGAUGAAGUACAUUUCAAUUGUACUGUGGAUUUGAUACCCCAAAUUCCUGUUUCUAUCAUAAUUUCAGUUGAAAUUGUAAACAGUAAAAUUUUUGGAAACUUAGUUGAUGACAAGUUACUAAUAACAUCUAAUAUAUCUGUGCCGUUGAAACCAACGUCGACAGUAAUUUCAAAGAGUCAAACGUCGACGAUAAAUUUUGUUAAGGAGUUGUCUCUGAAGAACAAUAAGGCUGUAAUUAUAAUCAUCGCCAUUAUAGUAGCUAUUGUAAUAAUGUGCCUACUGAUGUAUAUCCUGUUUAGAAUGGGUUUCUUCCAAAGGAAAGAAAAGCAACGCUUGGAUUCGUUAAAGGAGAGCGUUAAAAGCAAGGGUUCUAAACCUUCAACGUCAGAGACUGCGAAAGAAGGUCGCAAAGAAUCUAAAGAAGAAGACAAUAUGGAUGAUUUUGAAAUAGAAAUCAUAGAAGACUGUCCGUUUGACCCUACGCCAGUCCGUACAUCUUCAACUGCAAAUCUUGUCGUUGAAAAAGCUAGUUAACAUUCUCAAAUCAAAUCGUCAGUAAAUUCUUUAAUAAAUAAGUGUGUAAGUAGAGUUUGAAGAGGAAGGCAUAGACGUACAGUCAUGAACAAUAUAAUGUACCCACUUUAGGACUCUGUCGCACUAACAUAUUUGACAUUUAGUGAGACUUACAGUUCAAUUUGUCAAAAAAGUUAAUGUGACAUGAUACCAAAGUAUAUAAAUAUUAAUGCUCGUGACCGUACAUACCGCGAUCAAAUCCAGAAUGUUUCAAAGAAAUGACAGGUCAAAAGUACUCCAAAAAGUGGAAGAAGUGGAAGCGGUGCAUCAGGAUCGGUGUAAGUGGAAUUCCGUGGUCUCUGACUAUCCCUAUGGAAAAUAGGCGUGAUUUUAUGUAUAUACCUUCUUUGCGAUCUCGGAUUGCGCCGUGAGAAAGACCUUCUCUCUCUUUAUUUAAGAGCUGCGCUCUUGUCGGUGGAGUAAUCGCCUUCAAUAAUCCAUAGAUAGGGCGUGUAGAACGGUGGUUGCCCCAAUCGCCUACCGACCGAGAAAGACCAUAACACAAUUAAUUAAGGAUUCGCACUUAUUUAUUUAUAUUAUAAAUUACUAAUUAAGUAUAAUAUUCUUAAAUGUAAUCAAUCAUUCACUCAGUACCCAGUUAUUUUAAGAUUAUCACGACUGAUGUCUAAGUUAGGUUAGGUUAUGAUUUAUGAUUUUGUGAUGUUAUAAAAACCUUCGAUCAAAAUAAAUUUAGAACUUAAGUUACCAUUUUUUGUAUAUCUAUUAAUUUAAUGUUUAAGCCUGAUAGGAUUUAAUAUAUUACCGACUAGAUAAAUGUGAGAUAUAUCGGUGGAAACUGUUUUGGCUUAAUAUAUUUAAUUACUACAGGUUUAUAUCUUUAAGUAUCUAUUUUGCAAACUGUUUCCUUAAAUUUCCUUAUCUACUUAUGUAUAAUGUAAGACGGACAUCGUAGAUACCUAGCAUCGACACAAACCAUGGUUUAACGAU